UGGAACCCGUGCUCAAAUCGACCAUGGGCGUACCCUUUGGUUAGUCUAGCAGGGUCUGGAGCAAACAAAUAACGCACGAAAUUUGCAAAAAGGAAGCCAACUGCCAGUUUGAUCCUACAAAAGUGUCCGCCCGCCUGAGCACUGUUUCUCUACAGGGCAGUGGAGAAAGACUGCUCUCUGCCAAAACGCUGGCUCAAUGCUAAUUUAACCGAAACAAAAUAAAACUUAUUGAUAGACCUUCAUCGAGAGGAAAGGAAUCAAGAGAAAGAAAGAGGGAAAAAGAUGGCGGCGUUACAUGCAGCGCUUCAGUCGCUACAACCAGUUUCGAUUGAAGAGAUCCCUACGAGUAACGAAGGACUAUGCACGUAUAUACGGGACCUUCUCAUUCAAGCUCGGCUGAUCGUUGAAUCAGUACCUGAGACCCCUUCUCCUCCAAUCACUUCCAAUCUUCCUGCAGGCUCCAAAAGCCCAACGAAUGGUGAAGAUAGCUCGGAAACCCUCCUUGCCUCGACGACAUUACCGGCUCUCAUAAAAUCUUCAUCCACACCUGCAUUAGGACCCGUGGAUAUACUCUCAUUACGGAGUGAGUGGGGUCAACCCAUCAACAGGAUCGAUAAUGCGAAGGAAAACCCGUUGCGUAUCCCCGUAUACAAGCUUAGGAGCAUAGAUGGGAAAGGUGCCUGGUUCGCUCGGCGGAGUGUUCAUGCCGGAUCUCUUCCGUAUAGCAGAUUCGAAAAGAAGCUUCAAAGUGAGCUAGCAGAGACUAUGAAACUCCGGGAAAAAAUAGGUAAGGAAGUGAGUAUCAGGGGGGUUGGGAGCGAGGGGUGUCUAGAGAACCUGACUGUCCCGCUGCACUCUGCUCAAAUGGAUACAACUAGCGGCAACAGGAACCUCCUGGGGAAUAUUGAGGUGCAUCACCUAUCGGCUCAUUUUCCCGGGCCCUCAGCUUCGAGGGACUUUGUUACGUUGUUGGUCACCUCUAAAAAGGCGUUAGAGGUCUCUUGUCAAAGACGCGACGAAGGCGAAAACGAAAACUCCCCUCCUCCCAGAAAUUUCAUUGUUAUAUCAAAGCCGUGUGCGCACCCCGACGUACCUAUACGCAAAGGUUUUGUCCGCGGCCAGUAUGAGUCUGUCGAGAUGAUUAGGGAGUUACCAGCCCCGAUAGAGGGAGAUUCAUCUGGAGCCUCGGAAAACAAAGGAGAUGCAAACCCUGUGGAAUGGAUUAUGAUCACGAGAAGUGACCCAGGAGGAAGCAUACCGAGAUGGAUGGUGGAGAAGGGCACAGUUCCAAGCAUCGUUUCAGACGCGAAAAAAUUCAUAGAUUGGGCGUCUCAGGACCAACCAAAGAGUGAGAGCACAGACGAGGAUUUCUCGACUUCCCAGCCUUCGCAUGAUUCUGGAAAAUAUGAAGAGAAGCAACAGCAGUUAAAGACAGGACCGGGUGAGCAAGUAUCAACACAAUGCACCCCCGGGAGACAGGCACCAGCAAAGGAGAGAAGGAGCUCGGAAGUGAAAAGCAGCCAUGGCGAGGUGGAUUCAAUGCCAUCGCACGAAGUAGGCUUCGCAGCAGGUAUAGUUCAAGGAGUCUCCUUAACCCUAAAAUCGACCGCACCUAAAGGGCUCUUCGACUAUAUCGACCUGCCCACAACCUCUAAGCACCCGGGAGAUGAAACUGACGAAGGUCAAGUCAACGAUGGAAUAAGGGAUGGUGGAGGCAAUGUUACCAGAACAAGCACAGCUUCGCGAAAUAUGAAUAAUGCCUCGCCAUCUUCAUCCACCGCUUCCUUUGUGAGUGCUGAUUCGCAACUAGGAGAUAUGCAAGGGAACAAGGAAGAUAGCAUCCCUAGCUCGUCCGGGAUCGGGAAUAAUAACAGUCCCGUCAUGUUCAACACGAAGGUAACCAGUAGCACUAGUAACAGCAUUUUCUCGCUCAAGCAGGAGUUUACGCCGCCAAAUGCCUAUGACAAGGAACUAGCCAGAAUUUUUGACCGCAAAAAUAAGGUCCUUAGGGAUCUUGAGCUGAACCACGCGCAGCGCAAUGAACUAGUGAGCCAGGUCUCACAAUCACACGCCCCCGACGUCAACGCGAGCGAUGAAAUCCAAGAACGCAUCGCAUCCCCAAGCAAAAGGGGGAAGGAUGCAACCUCGAAUAAAAGAAGCCUAGCAGCACUAGAACGGAAGGAAGCGAAAUUAAACUCUCAGCUGAAUAAAAUUGAAGCGCAGCAGCAAAAGAUUGUAGCAAAGAUAGAGUUAAAACGUCGCAAAGAGUUAGAAAAGGAUGAGAGAAUUAGGCUGAAAGUGGAAGUUGAAACACUAAAGAAAGAAAUGGAUCGAAUGAAGGUAGAAAUUAGCAGGUUGAGACAGGAGCGAGGACAAUGGGUUAGUAUAGUUGGAAAGUUGCAGCAAGAGAAUACCGAGCUUGCUGCUCAGCUUCUGAAGAGAGGAGGAAUAUAG